GGGUGGAUGGAGGCCUCGGCCCCCUGCCGAGCGCGGCGGGGCUGGCGGCGGUCCCGGGCCGCGGGCUUCCCGCUCUCCCGGGCCGCGGUGGUCCUGGUGUUCUCCGCGCUGGUGCUGCGGGCGCCCCCGUCAGUGGGAUAUUUGGCUCAAUUACCAAGAGGUAUUCACUUGACCCAAGAUUCAAUGAAAAUAGUGGGAUCACCAAAUUUUCCAGUGAAAGUAUAUGUUAUGCUCCAUCAAAAGAGUCCACACAUGUUAUGUGUAACCCAACAACUGCGGAAUUCUGAACUCAUAGACCCAUCAUUCCAGUGGCAUGGGCCGAAAGGAAGAAUCAUUUCAGGAAACAGCACUGCACAAGUGACCUCCACAGGAAGCCUUGUAUUCCAGAACUUCAAGGAGAGCAUGAGUGGGGUUUACACGUGUUUUCUGGAGUAUAAACCUACUGUGGAAGAAGUCGUUAAAAAUCUCCAACUGAAAUAUGUUGUAUAUGCUUAUCGUGAGCCACAUUAUUAUUACCAGUUCACAGCUCGAUAUCAUGCAGCUCCCUGCAAUACUAUCUAUAAUGUUUCUUUUGAGAAGAAACUUCUUGAGAUUUUAAGCAAAUUGGUUCUUGACCUUUCAUGUCAAGUUUUCUUACUGAAGUCUGAAUGCCAUCAUGUUAAAAUGCAAAGAGCUGGUUUGCAAAAUGAAUUGUUUUUUACAUUUUCAGUUUCAUCUCUAGACACUGAAAAAGGACGCAAACCAUGUGCAGACCAUAGUUGUGAAUCUUCCAAAAGACUAUCUAAGGCUAAAAUUCUCAUAGAGAGAUUUUUUAAUCAACAAGUGGAAGUUCUGGGCAGACGUGCAGAGCCGUUGCCUGAGAUAUACUACAUUGAGGGUACUCUCCAAAUGGUUUGGAUUAAUCGCUGCUUCCCAGGGUAUGGAGUGAAUACCCUGAAACACCCAAAAUGUCCUGAGUGCUGUGUGAUCUGCAGCCCUGGAUCUUAUAACUCCCAUGAUGGAAUUCACUGCCUUCAGUGCAAUAGCAGCUUGGUGUUUGGAGCAAAAGCAUGUUUAUAGGCCAUUAUUUUGAGCUCUUCGGUGGUUUGUUAAACACAAAAGUAUAUUUUUGAAAUAUUACUAUAUAAUAAAUCACUAUUAUGCCAAAAUUAAAUAUAUUAGAUAUUACCAA